CGGGUCAGGCGAGUGGGCGGGCGAAGCCUGAGCGGGCGGCGGCCUUAAGGGCGCCGGCGGGUGCUCGCGUCUCAGUCGGCCUGUCAGCCGGCCGGGAGGUACGACGGGAAGCUUCCGCGGCGCCGGCGGCCAUGGCGGCAGAGGAGGAGGAGGUGGACUCGGCGGACGCGAGUGAGAGGUCAGGAUGGCUAACUGGUUGGCUUCCCACAUGGUGCCCUACAUCAACAUCACACCUUAAAGAAGCUGAAGAGAAAAUUUUAAAAUGUGUCCCCUGCACAUACAAAAAAGGACCUGUUCGUAUAUCUAAUGGAAAUAAAAUAUGGACACUGAAGCUCUCUCAUAAUAUUUCAAAUAAGACUCCACUCAUCCUCCUCCAUGGUUUUGGAGGAGGUCUUGGACUCUGGGCACUGAAUUUUGGAGAUCUUUGCACCAAUAGGCCUGUCUAUGCUUUUGACCUGCUGGGCUUUGGACGAAGUAGUAGACCCAGAUUUGACAAUGAUGCAGAAGAAGUAGAGAAUCAAUUUGUGGAAUCCAUUGAAGAGUGGAGAUGUGCCUUAGGAUUGGACAAAAUGAUCUUGCUUGGGCACAACCUGGGUGGGUUCCUGGCUGCUGCUUACUCACUGAAGUACCCAUCAAGGGUUAGUCAUCUCAUUCUAGUGGAGCCUUGGGGUUUUCCUGAGCGACCAGACCUUUCUGAUCAAGAGAGACCAAUUCCAGUUUGGAUCAGAGCCUUAGGAGCAGUACUGACUCCCUUUAACCCUUUAGCCGGCCUCAGGAUUGCAGGACCCUUUGGUUUAAGUCUAGUACAACGUUUAAGGCCUGAUUUCAAACGGAAGUAUUCUUCAAUGUUUGAAGAUGAUACUGUGACAGAAUACAUCUACCACUGUAAUGUUCAAACUCCAAGUGGUGAGUCCGCAUUCAAAAAUAUGACUAUCCCUUACGGAUGGGCAAAAAGACCAAUGCUCCAGCGAAUUGGUAAAAUGCAGCCUGACAUUCCAGUUUCGGUGAUCUAUGGUGCCCGGUCCUGCAUAGACGGCAAUUCUGGCUCCAGCAUCCAGUCACUGCGACCACAUUCAUAUGUGAAGACGAUAGCCAUUCUGGGAGCAGGCCAUUAUGUGUAUGCAGAUCAACCAGAAGACUUCAACCAGAAAGUGAAGGAGAUCUGUGACUCUGUGGACUGAGUACACUGCAGGUGACGUGGGAAACCCACACGGUGAUGCAGUUCCUCAGCAGUAAUCCGUAGUCUGCAAUGCAGAGUAAGGAAUGUGACAUGAGAACCAGGCAGUCUUCUCGGCUGUACUUUGCACAUGUUUUCUUUAUGAAGCUGCUCACACAUUUAUACCAGUUAGUGCCUUCUAGAAGAGUGACUUUCCUUUCUCCUACAUAGACUCAAAAUAUACAAGAGUCUCCAGAUCUAAUAGCUUUAAUAAAAGGUUACUUGUCCCUCUGCUGUA